AUGCCCAGCAUUCAAAGCCAUCUCAUGAGCUGGGUCCUCUGGUUUACGGGCAAGAGAAUAUGCUCCUCCGCCGAGAACCUGCGCAAGGCCGUAGACAAUGACCGCCGGACACGGGACCCUGCGCCUCCCAAAAAGCUCCAGAGCAAGCUAAACAUCGAGGAGAAGCAGCAGUCUGGCCAAGCCGUCUACACUCUGUCCCCCAAGUCAGACUCGCCCACCAAGGCCACCCUACUCUACCUUCAUGGCGGCGGGUUCAUCUUCGACAUGACUCCCGAGCAUUGGGGCCUGGUUGCCGCCCUCACAGAGAGCCUCAAUGCCACAGUCGUGGUGCCAAUCUAUCCCCUGGCUCCCGAAACCAAGCUCUUGGCUAUCUACGAAGCGGUCGGGCCCAUAUACAGCGAGCUCGCCGCGGCUGCGACCCCAACCAAACCCUUCUGGUGCGGCGGGGACUCUGCCGGAGGCUCAAUGACUGUAGUCUUGACUCGCCAGGGACUCGACACCGACCAGCCCACCGCAUCGAAGCUGUUGCUCAUCUCGCCGGCCCUGGACUACAGUCUGGCCAACCCGGAUCUGCACGCCGCCGCCAAGUCCGACCCGUGGCUCGACGUGCCGGCCGUCAAGGAAAUGGCGAACCUGGUCUGCCCGGACCUGGCCACCGACGAUCCGCGACUCAGCCCCAUCUACGGCGAGCUGGGCGGUCUGCCUCCCAUGCUGAUUCUCGCGGGAGGGGCUGACCUGCUCACCCCGGACACGAGGAUCUUCGCCGAUAAGGCGAGGGAGAAGGGUGUGGAUGUUGAGUUCUUCUUCGCAAAGGGGAUGAUGCACAUCUGGCCCGUCAUGCCCAUCCCAGAAGCCAAGGUGGCCGUCGCCAAAAUGACCGAGUGGCUCCUCCAAUCCAGCAAUAAAUCAUAG